AUGACGAAAAACCAGCCUGACGGUCAGGAAUCACCAUUAUCUGAAUAUCAAGUACUCACAUUGGGAGCUGAACAGUCUUCUUGGAGAAUGAUAGAAUGUAGCAUUCCCCACAGUUUUCACUCUAGCCGUCAUGUGUGUAUAGAUGGUGUUGUUUACUAUGCUGUUAGAACAGGCGCUGACUUGUCCCAACGGAGCUUGACGAAAUUCGAUUUGAGGUAUGAAACUUUGGAUCUUAUAACUUGUUUACCCGCAGACAUGCCAAGUACUCCACGUAGUUUGAUAAACUACGAGGGGAAAGUAGCCAUACGACCCACUAAUACUAGCGGAAACACAUUUAAUGUGUGGGUUAUAGAUCAGGCUGCUCCAAAACAUGGAUGGUUGAAGAAAAGUUUUAGUAUCGAAUCUUGGAGAAGAUCACCAAAGUUACGCAUAUAUGGCUCUACUCACACGGGUGAGUUUGUUUUGGCACCAAGGUACUAUUCUGAUGACUUUAAUGUUAUAAUUUACAAUCCCGACACGAAUGGUUUGAGAAAAAUUAAGGUUGAGGUUAACGGAGACUAUGAGUUCAAGCUUGGUCAUUAUCGUACGAGAGCAAUGGUUUAUUCAGAGUAUGUUGAGAGCAUUAGGUUGUUGUAA